AUGUGUCAGUGUCACCUACACAACAACAGUGUCACCAACCUCCAUCAGGGUCUGGACCGCUGUGCUGCCUUGCUCAGUGGCAUCCUUCAGGCUGAUGAGGCAGUCCAGAAGAAUCCUCAGUCCUGUCAGCGAGGACCAGGCACUGUGACUCCAAGACCAGGACCUCGGUCUCCAGCUGCUCACUCAGGAGUGAAGCUGCAUCCGCCUCAGAGGCUGGUUCAGACCCUGCUGCAAUCCCACCCCCCUCCAUCACACAGUCAAAGAUUUCAGUACCUCUCCACCACCACCCCUCCAUCCAAGUCCCAGACAUCCACCCCUCCAUCCAAGUCCCAGACCUCCACUCUUCCAUCCAAGUCCCAGACCUCCAUCCCUCCAUCCAAGUCCCAGACCUUUGUCCCUCCACUUCAGCCUCAGGCCUCCGUCCUCCUAUCUGUGGUCCAGUCCUCUUCUCACUCAGGCCAGCUGCCUGUCCAUCAGCCUGACUUCCUGUCUGAAGCUCUGCCCACACACUGUGACACAGAGUGUGAUGUAGAAGAGGAGGAGGAGUCUGUUCCCGUCAGAGACAUUGAUCCCCAGAGCACACACACACUCUCUCACAUACACACCUGUACCAGGAAGAUGUCAAACACACACCUGGAUCCUGGACCGGCUGAUGAAGUCCUUCAGGACUCAGAGAGCAGGGAGACCUGCAGACCAGAGACCUGCAGACCAGAGACCUGCAGACCAGAGACCUGCAGAGCAGAGACAGUCCAGUAUCUGAUGGGAGAACUGAAGGCUCUGAUCGCUGGACGAGGCAGUGUAGCAGAGAGGCUGCUGAGUCAUCUGGAGCAGACGGUGUCCUCACCACUGAUAAACAUCCAGACUGAGACUGAUCCACACCUGAACCAGAACAUCCAGGUCCACAGGUAA